AUGGCUCAGACACUGUCGUAUAAGUACCGUAUCGAUGAUGGGUUAUAUCAAUAUGAUGUUGAACUAAUCGUCGUUGCCUUGGCGUUAGGUGCAUUUGCUGACACUGGUCCAAGAAAUAGUCCUCCUGCUCCGUCCAUAAACCCUCCUGUCCCGUCCUACCACGCCCCUGCACCCGCUCCUGUGGGACCAGCACGGUACGACUUUAAUUAUGCCGCGAAAGACGACUACUCCGGCAACGACUUCGGUCAUCAGGAGGCCCGUGACGGAUACGACACUCAAGGUACCUACUACGUCCAGCUCCCCGACGGCCGCCUGCAGACAGUCAACUAUAACGUGAACGGCGACUCCGGUUUCCUAGCUGAUGUGGCUUAUCAAGGAAAGGCUCAGUACCCUGCCCAGCAGCCUUCAAGAACCUAUCAACCUUGA